AUGCUCUUAUCCCAAAUCGCCUGCCGUCUGCUGACGAAAGGCGACUAUCAGGAGAGCGCCUCGAGUUCCUCGAUGGCAACGAACAUUUCGGCUCUGUCAACCUCCAAGCUGGCCAACCAAGCAAAUCAAAAGACGCAGGAAAUUUGCACGGCGGGGGACUCUUAUCCGAUGGAUAAAUUGCUCGCCAAGCUCACUGCUCAACAAACCGAAACCGGCCAGCAGAACGAGACCAUCAUUGCGGUCGACGAAGCCAGCGAUUCCCACAAAGCAUGCUCGGGAACUUUGGAACACGGUGCUUCAAGCAAUUCCCUACCCGUCACGCCCGCCACGGACGCCUUCCCGACCACAGCUCCUAGCACGCGCCCUGCCAGCACGGCUCUAGACGACUCCCGUGUCGAUAACGACGAGGUGCUGAGGCUGAAACUACAGCUUGCCCGGGCCCAAAGCCAAAUCUCGAAACUCGACCACGAGCUGGCAAAAACCAGGUCGAUCAAGGCGGAUGCUGAAACGCAUGGAAUCGUUCUUCCCCGAGCUUCCGCAGCCGCUUCUAGGGAGAUGACGUGGGCCACUGCCGAUGAUGGCCAGUCGGACGCCAGUGACACCGCGGCGACCACGGCCUUCAAUCGCUCUCGCGGCAUCUGGGGCAACCCUAAGGGCCUCUUCGGCAACAAUGGUGCCCAAACCUCGCCCAAUGAGCUGUCUCCAGCGAACUGGUUCGGAAGCCGCGCCUUCAAUCCGGCCUACCUGGAAUCGACGCAACCAUACACCGCCAUUGAGGGAUACCGAGGGGAACGCCUCGCGCCUGAUGUCGAUUCUCUGAUGCGCACCCGCGGUGGCCGAGGCAGCCGCUUUGAUAACCGCUUGAGUGCUCCGCACCAGUUCACGGGUGGAUUUGGGGCCAUGAACGGGCCAGUGACCCAGUUUGACUCUGUUGGGGGGCCCAUGACUUCGGCCGCCAUGAACCCACCCCCUGGCCUCGGGCCCAUGGGCAUGGGUAUGUAUCCUCCAUACCAGCAGCAGCCUGUCGGGACGCCACUAUCCCCUCAUGCGUCCGAAUUCACCUCCAAGGCAAAUUGGAAGAACGAGGUUAUCCCGAUGGAUGGCCCAACUUAUCUUCCGGCUACAGAACCUCUGAACUACCGUCGCCUGCUGGACAAGAAUGUGAGCGCCAACUGGAAAUACAUCGUGGAUAAGAUUGUCUGCAACAACGACCAGCAGGCGUCCAUAUUUCUUCAGCAGAAACUCAAGGUCGGUAGUCCGGAGCAAAAGUACGAAAUCGUCGAGGCCAUCGUGGCGCAGGCGUACCCCUUGAUGGUCAACCGAUUCGGAAAUUUUCUCGUCCAACGCUGCUUCGAGCAUGGAACUCCAGAGCAGGUCAUUAAAAUUGCCGAGGCCAUUCGGGGAAACACGCUGAACCUUUCCAUGGACCCCUUUGGCUGCCACGUGGUGCAGAAGGCGUUCGACUCGGUCCCCGAGGACUACAAGGCCAUCAUGGUUCACGAGCUUCUUCGACGAAUCCCGGAAACUGUCAUCCACCGGUACGCCUGUCAUGUGUGGCAGAAGCUUUUUGAGCUCCGCUGGACCGAGUCCCCCCCCCAGAUCAUGAAGUACGUCAAUGAGGCCCUCCGAGGAAUGUGGCACGAGGUUGCCCUUGGGGAGACGGGGAGCUUGGUGGUCCAGAAUAUUUUUGAGAACUGUCUCGAGGAGGACAAGCGCCCUUGCAUUGAAGAAGUACUAGCCAACAUUGACAUUGUCGCGCAUGGCCAAUUCGGAAACUGGUGCAUCCAGCACAUCUGUGAGCACGGCGGACCGCCCGACCGCAGCCGCGCCAUCGAUCACGUUAUUCGGUACGCGGCUGAGUACAGCACCGAUCAAUUCGCCUCCAAGGUUGUCGAGAAGUGCCUGAAGAUUGGCGGCACUGACUUCUUGGGUCGAUAUCUGGAUCGAGUGUGCGAAGGCCGCAGGGACAGGACCCGGAUCCCCUUGAUCGACAUUGCGAGCGACCAAUAUGGCAACUAUUUGGUCCAGUGGAUCCUGAACAAUGCCACAGCCCAGCACCGCGAGGUGGUGGCUGCACACAUCCGCAAGCACAUGGUGUCACUGCGAGGAUCCAAGUUUGGCUCCCGCGUCGGCAUGCUGUGCACCAACCACGCCGUCACGACACGACCCGGCCCCGGUGUUGGACCCGGCAUGAGCGGCCGCAUGGGACCGGGACCACGAUUUGGAGGCACCUAUCGCUAA